CAAGACAGCUGCAACUCGGAGUUUGCUGCAGAGCCGCCCCUAACGGCGGGGGUGCUGACGUCACGGAAAAGCCCCGUGCGGGUAGGCGGGCGGGCGCGCUAUAAACCGCCAGGCGGCGGCGGCUGCGGGCGCUACACCGAAGGCAGCUCCGCGGGAGCACCUGCGCUCUGCGGCCCGGGAUCCCGGCGGUGACCCGCGCACCGUCGCACUGACACCCAGAUGCCCACCUGGCCCAGCCAGGACCCAAUGAUGACUCUGAAUAAUGUCACCAUGCGCCAGGGCACUGUGGGCAUGCAGCCACAGCAGCAGCGCUGGAGCAUCCCAGCCGAUGGCAGGCAUCUGAUCAUUCAAAAAGAGCCCUAUCACUACAGCCACCGCAACCAUCACUCUGCUGCCCCUGAGGACCACUGCCGCCGGAGCUGGUCCUCCGACUCCACGGAUUCAGUCAUCUCCUCUGAGUCAGGGAACACCUAUUACCGGGUGGUGCUGAUAGGGGAGCAGGGGGUGGGCAAGUCCACUCUGGCCAACAUCUUUGCCGGUGUGCAUGACAGCAUGGACAGCGACUGUGAAGUUCUGGGAGAAGAUACAUAUGAGCGAACACUGAUUGUGGAUGGGGAAAGUGCAACAAUCAUACUCCUGGACAUGUGGGAAAAUAAGGGGGAGAACGAAUGGCUCCAAGACCACUGCAUGCAAGUCGGUGAUGCCUACCUGAUCGUCUACUCCAUCACAGACAGAACCAGCUUUGAGAAGGCAUCUGAGCUACGAAUCCAGCUCCGCAGGGCCCGCCAGACAGAGGACAUUCCUAUUAUUUUGGUUGGCAACAAAAGUGACCUGGUGCGAUGCCGGGAAGUGUCUGUUUCAGAAGGGAGAGCAUGUGCUGUGGUGUUCGACUGCAAGUUCAUUGAGACCUCUGCGGCUGUCCAGCACAACGUGAAGGAGCUGUUUGAGGGUAUCGUGCGGCAGGUCCGCCUUCGGCGGGACAGCAAAGAGAAGAAUGAGCGGCGGCUGGCCUACCAGAAAAGGAAGGAGAGCAUUCCCAGGAAAGCCAGGCGCUUCUGGGGCAAGAUUGUGGCCAAAAACAACAAGAAUAUGGCCUUCAAGCUCAAGUCUAAAUCCUGCCAUGACCUCUCGGUGCUCUAGGCACCCAGAGCCACCCAGAUGUCCCCCUGAUGGAUGUCGUUGAGGGCCAUUGGGACUGAUAAUCUAUAUUAGAUUGGAUCCUUAAGUAUUGUUAGGUGUGGCUUCCCCUAGUACAGCUGGGAAUUGUGUUACCCUCAUGGGCAACAAAAUGCAUGGGAAAUGAAAGAUCUUUGUAAAGAGUCAAUAUUUAUUUACAGGAAAAGCCUGAUCUUGCUACUUGAAUACCCAAGACUCAUUAGAGGAUGUGUUUGGUGUUCACAUGUGUUUCCUCUCUCCUUUGGAUAGUAGAGAAUUGAAACCCACAAUAGAAUGCCUAGAACAGUAACUUUUCAUUAUUAAAAUUUUUUCCAGUGUUCUGAUAUGUGAAUUUGAGGCCAAUGGGUCAUAAACAAAUACAGGAACACAUCAAAGGGUUUAUUUAAAGGAGGGAGAACUUUCUUUGUAUCUUACAUUCUAGGACUGAAGAACUGGGCUUGUCAUGAUUAUGACUAUUAUCGCUCCAUCAAGCUGUGAAAAGAAAUGAUGGACCUUGCUGGAAACUAAAGCUUAGCUAACAAUUCUUGUUCAAUGCUCACAGCUGGGAACCAAAAAUUUGUAGAAUUGGGAACUCAUACAUAGGUUUAUGGGUUUAAAAAUUAUAUCUUUACUUUUGUGUCUUAUUAUUUUUUAUUCAGGGGAAAUUAUUUUAAUCAAAUUCUAUUUAGUCGAACCACCUUUUGUGUUUCAUUAUUUUUUAAAUCAUAGGGCCAUCAUAAAAAUAUUUUUAAAAUCUAAGUUAAUGAUAACCUAGAGUGCAAAAUGCCAAAUUUAAAAAUAUAAUCAAAGGUCUGAAUUUUUAUAAAAUACAAAACAUAAAUACUUAUAAUACUUUGAGUUAACUCUUAUAUGCCACAGCUCUGCUCUAUUUAUUGUUAUUUUGCAAAAUAAUAUCAUUUGAUAAACAUAUCUAUGACAUAUUUCUUAAUAAGAAAAAUGUCCAUUUUAUUACCAUUUUCUAUCUUUUUCAGAAUAUGUAAAUUUUUACCUCUAUGUCUUUUAAUAAAUAAAAUCUUUGAAAAAAAAA